AUGCAGACUGCUUCUACAAACAUUUGUGAAAGAAUGGGUCGCUCUCAGGAGCUCAGUGAAUUCAAGUGUGGUACUGUGAUAGGUUGUCACCUGUGCAAUAAGUCCAUCCAUGACAUUUCCUUGCUACUAAAUAUUCCACAGUCAACUGUUAGUGGUAUUAUAACAAAGUGGAAGCAACUCAGCCAUGAAGUGGUAAGCAACAUAAAAUGACAAAGAGGGGUUAGCACAUGCUGAAGCACACAGUGCGCAGAAGUCACCAACUGUCUGCAGAGUCAAUGGCUAAAGACCUCCAAACUUUGUUUCCAGUGAAGGGAACUCUUAAAGGCGUCAGCAUACCAAGACAUUUUGGAAAAUUUCAUG